AUGGGUAUUACACCAGCACGCAAAGCCGUCGCGUUUCUCGUUAAAAAAGGACAAGACAUCAAAAUAUAUAACAGCUAUGGCAAGCAAGUAGUGGACUUCUGGGCCUUCAACCCGAGCGAUCCUCACGACUUUCUCUCCAUGGUGCACACGCGAACCGUUCUCUUGAAAGUGUCACUGUCCAAAGGUGACAAAUUGUAUAGCACGAGGAGGAAACCGAUGUUGACUUUGACGGAAGAUACUACGAAAGGGGUGCACGAUAUUAUAUGGUCGGCUUGCGAUGCGGAGAGAUAUCGCAUGCAAGGACACGAUAGCUAUCAUGGUAAUUGUACUGAUAAUAUGCGUAAGCUUUGUUUCCCAAACCGAGUUCCAUGGCGUUGCGCCCUGAGAGAUAGCUUUCCCGAUUUCCAUAUUGCGGACGACUGGGUUCCAGACCCACUGAAUCUCUUUAUGAAUGUUGCGAUUGAUCACCGUGGGCAAUUAGAUAUCAGAGUCCCCACCAGCGAGAAGGGUCAAUUUGUCGUGCUCAAAGCUGAAACGGAUCUGAUCAUCGUCACGAGUUCUUGUCCACAGGAUAUGGCUCCCGUCAAUGGGGGGCAACCCACCGAUUGCGAGUAUGGGAUCAGUGGCCAGCAGGAGGCAUCUGCGGAUAUCAUGACUCAAAUCCUCCAAACCAUCUCCUCCAGCCACCGUCGUCGUCGCCGAGUCAAGGUCGCUCUCACCUUUGAUUUCGACGCAGUCUCGCAUUGGCUUGGAACCGGUUGCCAUCCCGACAACAACAUGGCUGAUUACAGCUCCGGCAUCUUCGCCGGCCAAGUCGGCGCAGUGCGUCUGCUCACCCUGCUAAAGAAGCACGGUAUUGCCGAUAAAGUCACCUGGUCCCUUCCCGGCCAUACAAUCGAGACAUUCCCAGAGACAGCCCGCGCGGUCGUUGACUCGGGCGCCGAAGUCGGCCUGCACGGAUCUACUCGCACGAAGGCAUCUAACAGAUGA